UUUUGAACGAAAUAUGUUUUGAGUUUAUUAUUUAAUGAAAACAAUCCGGUUGUUUAUAUAUAUUUGAUUGUCUUUUUAUAGGCGGAAUUUAUCUAUUCCAUGCUGCUAAUUUUCCUGGGAUUAAUAAAUUCAUUCGCAAGAUUUUCCGUUAAUAUUAUGAUCAUUUUAAAUGAUAUUAUUAAUUCAUAAAUUAAUCACAAUUUUCGCACUCACAGAAAGAAAAAUAGUAUUGGGAAAAUCUUUUUGUAAAUACAAGCGCAGCUCGCUCGUUGGUCGAUACACAAAUCUCACGGCAGAAGGCAGCUCUAGUCAAUAGAGUUCUUUUAUACAGCACACUGGUUUAAUGUAUGGACGAAGAAAAGCACUCAUUCUUUACUUAUAUUUUGUAUAUAUUGGAAACAACUUAGAUAUUGCCUUAAAGCCAGGUCAUGCUAUAGUGGGAUUAAAUUAAAGGAUUAGUUCAAUGAAGACAUAAAUGUAGGAUUGGAAUUAGACACAAAGUGAGCCGUCUUCGAGGAGAGUGCAUGUUUGUUUACAAGUGGAAUACACCGAUUAUACAUGUUGAUUGACAGAACUGUUUCAGCGGCUGUUGCUUUGUGUUUUAUAUUAGCGUGUGUCUAUAAAUAGAGUUGUAAUAAACUCGGGCUGUGUAUUGAUACACAGUUAGAGCGGUGUGUUUCUGAUUUUUGACGAUUGGAGAGGGUGGUCAUUUAAGAGACUGACUCGAAAGGUGAAUAUGGAAAAACAGGAAGAAAAAGAGUGUAUGAUGAAUAAUGUAAAUGGAGCAGGGCGGGCCAAGGUGAAAAAUGUCAACAACGAUUUCACGGAUACAAGUGCUGGUGUUCAAAGAAAAUUACAUCAACUUCAAACCUACAUAAUCGGACUCGCGAUUCUUCUAGCCUUAUCUUCCAUAGUAAUCAUCAUAACAUUUUCGGUGCUCUACGCGAACUUGAAAUGGGAUGUACAAAACCACGAUCACCCGCCAAAAGUAGGAGCUCAGAUGAAUAACAUUCUAGAAAAAGAGGAACUAUGUUUAUUAUGUAGUGAGGUACGUCUGGGCCCGAGCCCCGAGGAGGACCGGAUGUUGGAUUAUUUUGUUCGGAAGUCAGGGACGGGGGCGUCGGGGCGAGGGGAGGAGUGUUGUGUGGAGACCCCCUCACAACUCCUCAAGCUGCUACAGCUGUUCGUGGAGAAAAAGUACAGAACAGAAAUGGCGUCUGGCAACAUAAAGAUCGAGGCAUCCACGGACUCGGAGCCGACGGAGUCGCGUCCCGCCGCUCAUCUUAUGGGGUCCGUCCGUAAACCGGAACAGCCAGCAGUUCCCGGUCGACAGUUCCCGAUCUCAUACUGGAUAAGCAACGAGGAUCUUGCAUUCACGAACAAGGUCCAGUACCGGCACGGUCGUAUUGUGAUCCUGGAAGCCGGACUUUACUACGUAUACAGCCAGCUCUCUUUCCUCGAGGUUUUCGAUCGUCCUGGUGCUCAAGUGGAUACCGGCUCACAAUCGCUGUCCCAUUAUAUAUAUAGGUACAACAUCAUAUACCCCCACGGCGGGGAAGAGGCCAUGAUUCAGAAUUCAAUCACCAAGUGCUGGGGACAAAAUAAAGCGUUUGGAGAAUAUUCAAGUUAUCUAGGCGCUGUGUUUUAUUUGCGACAAGGGGAUGAACUUUUUGUGAAAGUUUCUAACUUGACCUUGAUCGUACGAGAACCGAAACUGAAUUAUUUUGGGUUGUUCAAGGUCAACUAAUAGUUAAUGUAUGAACUAUUCCAUAAUCAGUGUCCAUACAAUGUCGCUUUUAUAUUUUGCUUUGUCAUCAAAUGCGUCGUCUUCCCUUGGAUUAUCUGUACACUGAAGUAUAAACUCGUUUUCAUUUUAAUCAACCGAAGUCAAACACAAAAAUAAAGCCAUAUUCUAAUGAUUUUUUUUUAUUUUCGUUCAAUCAUAGAAUUGAGAAAAAGCUUACCCUAUACAUAAAUUGUACAGGGAACCUUCGUAGUGUUGGUGACUCGCAAACCGUUGUCCCGUUUUUGUCAUUUUCAUUACAAUAAAAUUGAUCAGCUUUUUUGGUUUUAUCCCAAGAUGUAUAUAUUCAUCUUUUAGUCAAUUCAGCUUAAUUAAAGCCUGUGCGAUUAGUUCUACCAUAGCAUUUAAAGUCAUUCCAAAUGUUUUCAUUUUCCUUUUUAAUUCUUUUGAGUAACAUACAUGUAUUCAUUCAGAGAAUACAAAACACAAGAUGUGACUGUUGAGGCAUUUUUAUGGAAUAGUUAUCAGUAUGUCAAAAGUUUUACCUGAUAAGUAUAAUCAUAUUAUUUGUUAUUGUUUCUUUUCUAAGGUUAACGUAUACUAAGGUUUUCUAAGGUUAACUUAUACUAAGGUUUUCUAAGGUAAACAUAUACUUAGGUUUUCUAAGGUUAACGUAUACUAAGGUUUUCUAAGGUUAACUUAUACUAAGGUUUUCUAAGGUAAACAUAUACUUAGGUUUUCUAAGGUUAACGUAAACUAAUACACUGUUAUUUAAAUAAAUGUGCUGAUGUUGAUAUCUUUUCUAUAUAUUACAUUUUACUUUGCUAGUUGCCAAAUUUUGCCUGCAGAUUUAAUUAAACAGAGUUUUGAGAUCGAUUUAAGACUACAAAGGAAAAAAAUCCCCUCCAAUACAAUCACUUUUAUUUUAUGAUUUUAGAGAGAUAAGCUAGCAAAUUUACAAAUAUAAAUAAAUUAUGAAAUAAGCUUUCAUGCUAGUAUACUCCUUAUAAAGGUAUUAAAAGAAUAUGUCUUCAGUGCGUUGUUGGAGGUUUUAAAACUGUAAAGGAUUUAUCGAAAUGUGUUUUAUAUAUAUUAUAUUCUUACGGGAACCUUCUUAUCGACGAAUGUAUCAUUCGCAUCUUAUUAAAUUGUUAACUCCAUGAAGAAUGUAAUUUAUUUCAAAACAGAUUGUGUUAUCUAUCACCAAUAACAUAGUUCAAAUUUGCAAAUUAAACUUUCGAUUUAGUGAGUUAUCUCGACGCAUUUUAAUUAAAAGUCUUGAUGUUUCGACAUUUUGGCGUGCACUCGGUGAUAAGACGGUGCCCAGGUGUAAAAAAGAAUGUACAACAGUUCACAUAUGUUUUGCUAUAAAAUAUUCCAUUUUGAACCGACGUCAAUGAUUGUAUAUUGGUAGUUCAUGAUGCGCAUGUGAGUUUUUGAUAUUCUGACUGCCGUGCAUAAAGCCACCUAGAUUAGUCAUUUCACCUGCUCCAUUAUGUGUGGAGUUUAAUGUUUUAAAGGGCCGCUAGUUCAGAACUUUGUUAAAGUUAACAACGUUGUUAACGUCAUCGUUGUUAACUUUCAGUUGUUUUACUGCUCUAGAUGUUGAAUGGACACACUUAUGAUCUGCAGUGCUCCUAACAAUGUUCUGGAUAAAAGUUUCAGUCGUACUUGUUUUAUUGAAUAUAUUAUCUCAUCAUCCGGCAUGUCUCGUUUAAAAGUUAACAACGAAAGUUAACAACGAUGUCGUUUAUCAUGUUGUUAACUUUUAAAAAGUUCUGAACAAUCGGCUAAUGUGUCCAAGAAUGGCACAUUUACUACUUCGAACUUAUUCUGGUCAAACGAUUAGAAGUGUACUGAAAUAUAAAAUCCACACAAAAAACUUUUAUAUAAAGACCGAUUAUAUCAUUAAUUAAGGCAAGCAGUUUGUCAUGCCUGUUUGUAGGUUACAUAUAGUUUAUGUUUUAAAUCUCAGACGAGUUUUCAUUUAAAAUAGAGCUAUUCUUGGUCCUAAGUCAAAUUGUUUGAUGUGUUCGGAAACAUGUAUCAUAUUUGAUGCUCAAAGCAUUUCAUAUUUGUCAUAAAUUUGUCAGCUAAAGUCGCAAAAUUUAUGAAAAAAAAUAAAACUACAAUUAUUUUACUGUACAUGAAUGUAUGUAUGUUUUAUUGAUAUGAUAAUUAUACUGUUGUGUCAAAAUGUUUAAAAUGUGCUGUUGUAUAUAUUUUUAAUUUGAAAUUUAUCGGUAAUAUUUACGUGAUUAAGUAUGUGUUAUAAAGGAUAUGUUGUUAUGUUGACUUUAUGUGCGGUUAGUGAGUGAAUGAUGGAAAGCAUGAAUGAUAUUUAAUUUAGUUUUUGGUUUUAGGAAAAACGUAACUAGUUAGUUAAUCAGUUAGUUAAUAUGAUAUUAUUUCAAUUUUUGUUUACUUUUUAUUUGUUCACAAAGAAGGCAAAAUGAUUUUUUUCUACACAUACUACUAGUAUUACAAAUUUUAACAUUAGAAAUAAAGUAUUCUUAGUUUGAAGUGAUUUGAAAAAGAGUUUCAUGAAAUCAUUUUAUAAACAAAAAGGGCGUUAAGUAAAUUUUACAAAACAUGAUAUUUUACUGUUAACAAAACAAUGUACAUGUAUUUUGGUUAAUCUACAAAAAAUCUUUGAUCUUUGAGAUCUUCUUCUAAUAACUAUUUUUUUCUUUUAUUGUGAAUGAAUACCUCAAAGUUAAGGUGAAACUAAAGGAGUAAUUUAUUUUGCCUUGAAUAGUCUUUGUACAGAAAUGCCUUUAUUUAUUUUUACUUUUUAAUUAUAUGCUAUUUUUACCUGGAACCCCCAUUUCUCGAAAAAUCUUAGUUCAUGUACCUGAUUUCAUUCAGCCAAAUUACUAAUUUAAUCCCGUUUUUGCAAAAUUUAAAAUAGUCUAUCGGAUUUGUCAUUAACAUUAUUUCCAUCGGAACUCUUCAAAAUUAGAUAAAAACACAAUUUAUACCAAAACAAAAAUGUGUGCUAAGCUUGAUCCUGUUAUAUGGGACUUAAGAUCAUGUUAUAAAGGACUGAAGAUUGUUAAAGAAUUUUGAUCAUUUUUGUCAAAAACUUACGAUUUUUCGAAGGAUUGGAACUGUUACUUUAAGUUACUUUUAUUAUAUUUCUACAUGUUCUUAUAUUUUGUUUUGUUUUUAUGUUUGAAAAUACAUGUUGAAACAUAUAGUUUGCUAAUUUUAUCUGCAAAAUAACUUAGAAUUAGUUCUUUUAUUAUCUUUUCUCCAUGUUUAAGAAUCUCAGAAAUAUUCAUCUUUUUGUUCUGUUCCUUACCGUUUGAAUAUUUUAUUUAUGUUUUUACUGUCUAAAUCUGCUGCAACUGGAUGCUAGCCCAGAAAUAUGCUUAGUUAACUGGUCAAACUGUUUUGGUUUACUUGAAAAGUUAGUGGUUUUUUUAAUGAUUCAAAUUUGUGUUGUUGUUUUUUCGUUAAAGUUAAUUUUUGAAUUAUAACACAGUUUUGUUGAUUUUAUUUGGCGGAAAUGUUGAGAAUCUAAUCGUUUUGCUGUGCUUUUGUAUCAAUCUCAAAAUCUUGUUCUGUACAUUGCGUGUUAUUCAGCAAUGUGAUAUUUUUGUAACAAAAAUGUGAUAUAUCUCAACUUCAAAUAAAGUUGGUGACAUUA